CAUUGCGAGAGUUUCUGAGUUUUUGCUUUAUUAAGAAUUAAUUUAAUAAGGACAUAUUUUCACUCCUUGCAAAAUACUAGCAUGAACAAGAAUGUUUCCCUACAGGAUUAUCUGUUGAUCAAGAGAUGGACACAGCAGAGAAAAUAAUUAUUUUCUAUUUUCUGUUAGAAGGUGUUUGCUGUAGAGAUUUCAACAUCUAUCUGCCAGAGAAGAUUAAAGCUCUCAGUGGAUCUUGUGUGAUCAUAAAGUGCAGAUUUGAGAUUAAAGAACAAUAUGACAAAAACCUCACCGAGAGAGCUACAGGAGUGUGGUACAAAGAUGGGACUGAUGCGAACACAAAUGUAGUGUUUAACUCAAGCACAUCAAGCCGAAACUUCUUCAUUAGAGGAAAUAUAACUGGAAAAUUAAAAGAUAAGGACUGCACCACUAUAUUUUAUAACCUCAGAUCAAAUCACAGGGGUCAGUAUUUCUUCAGAUUUGAGAGUGAAGGUAAACUGAAACAGACCUAUAGACAAGCCAGUGUUUCAAUAGAUGUGAUUGAGUCUCCUCCCAAACCCCGAGUGCAGCUGUAUGUGGAGCAGAAGGAGGUGCAGGGUCAGGAGGAGGUGUUGGAGGUGUUGGAGGGGAGCUCUGUGAGUCUGCGCUGCUCUGCUGAGACUCUCUGCUCCUCUCCUCCACCAACUCUCACAUGGAGCUCCACUCCCAGAAUCCCCCUCAGUGAGAGCAGCAGACUACAGGAGCUCAUCUCUGAUCUGAACUUCACUGCUACUCACCGUGAGGACGGAGUCACUUUCACCUGCACUAUAACCUACCAGCUACAGGACAAGAACAAAACAGAACAGGACAGCAUCACACUACAUGUUCAGUAUUCACCCAAAAACACAACAGUGUCUGUGAUUCCCUCCAGCUCUGUGUUGGAGGGCAGUUCAGUGACUCUGAUCUGCAGCAGUGAUGCAAAUCCAGCAGUGAACUACACCUGGUCCAGAGAGAGUGAAGGACAGUUGAAGCAGCUGCAGACUGGAGACACUCUUACCUUCAAUAGGACCGACCCGACACACAGAGGCUGGUACCACUGUACAGCUCAGAACCAACACGGCAGCCAAAACUCAUCUGUGAAGCUGGACAUUCAGUGUUUGAAUCAUUUCUCUUUGCUGAUUGGAGUUGUUGUUGUGGCUCUGGUGAUCAUGUUGUUAAGCGCUAUUACAUGCAUCUGUGUAUGAUUGUCCACUAAGCAGAAGGCUCAGAAUGAGGCAGUAGACACAUAUGCUUCUCUUCAGCUCUCUGCUCCAGUCUCUGAAUAUGAGACUUUGAACAUUAAGCAACAAAUACACGUCUGAUCUCCUCCUCUGUCUUCCUCUGUCAGCUGUACUUUCAGGAUUUUAAAAAUACACAUUUCCAUUAUGAAAGACUUAUAAAAAACAAUGUUUCAUAUCUGAUACAUACAACACGAAGACCAAGCUUCACUACAGGAGAAAUAAACUAUUUUGACAUUUGAUUGGAGCUUAAAGGGGGGGUGAAAUGCUCGUUUUCACUCAAUAUCCUGUUAAUCUUGAGUACCUAUAGAGUAGUACUG